UGCUUUCGAAUUGUCCCAUCACUCCCAUCACUAGUGUUAUGUGACUCUUUCUCUGUUGUAGUUUAAUUGUAACACCACAAAAAUUGAUCGAUUUAUUAUUUAUAUUUAAAUAGAUAUUAAAUUAGAUAUAACUAAACUUAGCAACAGAUAAUUAAUUUUCUUAUACAUUUUAUACCUCGGCAACCCCAAUCUAGAUUUAGUUAAAAUAUCAAAUUCAGUUGACAAACGUAGAAAGACACCAUACAGUAUACCAGUAUUACCAGUAAUAUGUAGUUUUGCACUAAUUUAACAUUGAUGUGUAUAGGCAUUUUAUUUCAUGACCAAUUGUAGAAAAAGUAAAAUGGAUAUUUCUAGUGAUUCAGAAGAUACAAUAAUAGUAGAUAAUGAGCCUAGUGACUCUGAAAUUGAAGAUAUAUUAAAAAAAUAUACUAUCCCAACUACCUCUUCCUAUAGUUUGAAUAACUCUAAUGGUAAAGGCAAAUAUUUAAGUGAAGAACUUUAUUCUUCACAUGAACAAGCGAAAAUUACAUUUGAUAAUUAUGCAUUUAAAUCAUUUGACGUAGAAGAUGAUGUUAUUGAUCUUGAAUUGAAUAAUAAAUCGUGUGACGAACUGGAACCACAGGAGGCCGUAGAGAUAAAAAAGCAGCAGGACAUUGAGAGUAAGCGAAAGGGAAAGACAUUGAAGAAAUCUCAAAAACUACAAGAUGCUGAAAUGAGAAAAGUUGCAAAAACUAUAGAAAAGGAAAGAAAAAAAGAAGCGUUGCAAAAACAGAAAAUGAUUAAGAAUGCUCUAAAAAGUGUUGCAAAAAGUAUCAAACCUGAGGAAUGUAUUAAAUAUGUAAUAGUUGAGAUAGAUCCAGAUAUGUUCGAUAAUGAAUAUGGAACUAUUUUAAAAGAGGCAUUUCAAAAAAGAGAUAUAAAUUUUAGAACUAAAUCCCAAGUUUUGCCAAACCUUAUCUCAUGGAGUAGAAAAAUACAAACAAUAGACGAUAAGGUUUUAAGGGAAUCAGAAGUGAACGAAAGCCAUUUCUUGUUGAUUAUCCACGCAACUGAAUUUAUGGAACAUAUUAAGAAAGAUACUUUAACGGUUUAUAUAGGGAAUGUUUUUUCAUUAACCGAAUAUAAACAAUUGACCGUGGUGGUUGUCGGUUUGGAGAAACCAAAACCACCUCAAGAAAUGCCCAUUAUAGAAGUUCAAAUGUCAACCAAGGCUUAUUUUCGUUUCGCAGAAAACGCUGAAAGUUUAGCAGAUAUACUAUUGGAAGUUACUAAGGCCAUAUCGCAAAUUCCAUAUAAAUUAAAAAAAGAAGAAAAAUAUAACCAUCAUAACGAGUACUUUCAUGAUUCUAAUAAAGACACUGUCAAAAUAGAUAAAAAUGGGAAUGGAUUGGGCCGUUUAUGGCACCAAAUGUUGACGAUGUUUCCAUUGGCCCGUUUGGAAACUGCCGAAGCCAUCACUGCUGUGUAUCCCACUCCUGCUUCUCUAUUCCAAGCUUACGAAAUUUCUGAAAAGAAGGUAGACCUUCUUCAGGAUUUAUCUAUCCGAAGGGCUCAAGGCCCCCUUAUCUCAGGUAGAAGAAUUGGCCCCGAACUAAGCAGAAAGUGUUAUAAUUUCUUUUGUGCUACUGAAAAUACAUUUUUAUAAUUAAUAAAUAUAAAUAUACUUUUGUACUUUA